AUGGUCAUAGGAAUUCUCAACAAGCUAUUCUCGACGUUGCACAGGUACAGAAGACGUCGACUCAAUCAGAAACAUGUCCGUUAUGUGUGGGACAGGUAUAUUGGGACAAGGCCCAAGUUUUUUAUAAGAGUAAGUCUUACUGUAAAGGAGAAGAAGAUGAUGACAGGUUGUGUAUAACAUCUGCAAAAGGGACUCGGCCAUUCGAAUAAGACUUAUGAAUUUACCGGAGCAUGUCGAUGAACUUGUUAUUUGUCAUGUGGCCGAAGAAAUGUACGGAUUCUUUGAUGUCCUCGUGAGCGUAAGUCAAAGGCCUUCCCUUUAUUCCCUUAAUACAGCAAUUAAGGAAUGUGUCCGCGAUAAAACGACUGGCCUACGCCCUGGGGGAGAAACAGGCCAUUCAAUGCAAAGUGGAGUUCGAUGUGAGUGUUUCUGAUUGUUUCAAUAUUAAGCCUUGCAAUCCGAUACCCCAUUUUAUAUUAUCCUUUUUAGAUCUCCUUUUGGAGCACCUUCGUUCUUGCAUUUAUGGAGGAAUUGGAAAGGAGUGAUACCUUCGAUCGGGUGCAUUUGAAUGCUUUCAGGGAUUUCCUAACAAUUAUUAGCGAUGAAAUGAUCAAUGGUUAUUUCAUUUGCAAAUCUGAACGCCAUGACAGUCAAAAUGCAACAAACUCUGUAAAAACUUAA